UUUCGAAGUGUCUUUACUGAGAUUGACAGGGACCCAGCAAAAUGGGCAUCUCCAUGUUCCUGGGGAUAUGGCUAUUAUGGUGCCAACUUCUAUAUACAGGAGCUGCUGAGAGUACCACAAAUGCUGAAACAUUUAGCUUUGUGGAAACAACGGAUACUCCAGCGUCUGCUGGAGCAGCAGACUUUCUAACCACUGAGGCUUCUUUAUACCCAACAAUAUAUGGAACAGAUUCUGGUCUAGCCUUGGCACUGGUGAAUGGAGGAGACAGAUGCCAGGGUCGAGUUGAAGUGCUGUACCAAGGAUCCUGGGGCACUGUUUGUGAUGACAGCUGGGAUUUGACUGAUGCCAACGUGGUCUGCAGGCAGCUGGGCUGUGGAUAUGCUGUGUCAGCUCCAGGAAAUGCCCGAUUUGGUCAGGGCACUGGCAGAAUUGUCCUGGAUGAUGUGCAGUGCUCUGGAUAUGAAUCCUACCUGUGGAACUGUCCCCACAGUGGGUGGCUGAAUCACAACUGUCAGCACAGUGAGGAUGCCAGUGUCAUCUGCUCAGAUGUCCGUUCAUCAAGUCCACCCAACAUUGGAAACACAACCUUCGAAACAACUCAGUCACCUUUUGGCACAAUAAGAUAUGAAACAGGAAUAACAGACUUUCCAACUACUGAAUCACCUUUACCUACAACAAUAUAUGGAACAGAUUCUGGUCUGGACUUGAUACUGGUGAAUGGAGGAGACAGAUGCCAGGGCCGAGUUGAAGUCAGAUAUCAAGGUUCCUGGGGCACUGUUUGUGAUGACAGCUGGGAUUUGACUGAUGCCAACGUGGUCUGCAGGCAGCUGGGCUGUGGAUAUGCUAUGUCAGCUCCAGGAUAUGCCCAUUUUGGCCAGGGCACAGGCAAUAUUGUCCUGGACAAUGUGCGGUGCUCUGGGUCUGAAUCCUACCUGUGGAACUGUCCCCACAAUGGGUGGCUGGUCCACAACUGUCAGCACAGUGAGGAUGCCAGUGUCAUCUGCUCAGGAGCCAGUUCACCAAGUCCACCCUACUUUGCACAAACAGUCUUUCCAACUACUGGAUCACCAUCACGUACAACAAUAUAUGGAACAGAUUCUGGUCUGGACUUGAUACUGGUGAAUGGAGGAGACAGAUGCCAGGGCCGAGUUGAAGUCAGAUAUCAAGGUUCCUGGGGCACUGUUUGUGAUGAUGACUGGGAUUUGACUGAUGCCAACGUGGUCUGCAGGCAGCUGGGCUGUGGAUAUGCUGUGUCAGCUCCAGGAUAUGCCCAUUUUGGCCAGGGCACAGGCAAUAUUGUCCUGGACAAUGUGCGGUGCUCUGGGUCUGAAUCCUACCUGUGGAACUGUCCCCACAAUGGGUGGCUGGUCCACAACUGUCAGCACAGUGAGGAUGCCAGUGUCAUCUGCUCAGGAGCCAGUUCACCAAGUCCACCCUACUUUGCACAAACAGUCUUUCCAACUACUGGAUCACCAUCACGUACAACAAUAUAUGGAACAGAUUCUGGUCUGGACUUGAUACUGGUGAAUGGAGGAGACAGAUGCCAGGGCCGAGUUGAAGUCAGAUAUCAAGGUUCCUGGGGCACUGUUUGUGAUGAUGACUGGGAUUUGACUGAUGCCAACGUGGUCUGCAGGCAGCUGGGCUGUGGAUAUGCUGUGUCAGCUCCAGGAUAUGCCCAUUUUGGCCAGGGCACAGGCAAUAUUGUCCUGGACAAUGUGCGGUGCUCUGGGUCUGAAUCCUACCUGUGGAACUGUCCCCACAAUGGGUGGCUGGUCCACAACUGUCAGCACAGUGAGGAUGCCAGUGUCAUCUGCUCAGAAGCCAGUUCACCAAGUCCACCCUACUUUGCACAAACAGUCUUGCCGAGUACUGAAUCACAUUGGCGCACAACAAUAGAUGGAACAGUGAGUUCUACUACUUGCGGUGGUUUCUUUACCAAUGCCUCUGGGUCAUUUUCAAGUCCUUCAUAUCCUUCACACUACCCAAACAAUGUCAACUGUGUCUGGGAGAUAGUAGUGAAUUACAGUUCCAGGAUAAAUCUGGGCUUCGACGAUCUGCAGUUGGAAGCACACAGUUCUUGCAGAUAUGAUUAUGUUGAAAUCUUUGAUGGGUCACUGAAUGGUCAGUCAAUGGGGAAACUUUGCAGCCAAACCCAGGAAAUAUUCACCUCCUCCUCCAACCGAUUGACCGUUCGUUUUGUCAGCGAUGUCAGCAUCCAAAACAUAGGAUUUUCUGCUUGGUAUAACUCUUAUCCAAGAGAUUCAGCCUUGAGGCUGAUAAACUCAUCCAAUGCCUGCUCUGGUCGUGUUGAAGUUUAUAGCAAUGGAUUGUGGGGGACGGUUUGUGAUGACGACUGGGGCAUACAGGAUGCUCAGGUGGUCUGCCGACAGUUGGGGUGUGGAACAGCCACUCUGGCCCCAGGAAGUGCCUACUUUGGUGAAGGUUCAGGACCCAUCACCCUGGAUAAUGUGAGGUGUAGAGGGAAUGAAUUAAAUCUUUGGCAGUGUCGGCAUAACGGCUGGUUCUCCCACAACUGUGGUCACCAGGAAGAUGCUGGUGUCAUCUGCUCAGGUUUUUAUACAACUCCCGUCUCCACAGUAGGCCCACCCGUAACACCAAAGUUCUCUUGUGGAGAAUUCCUUUCUCAGUCCUCAGGGCUCAUUUCCAGCCCAAAUUUCCCUGGGAACUAUCCAAACCAUGCCAAUUGUGUCUGGGAUAUUGAAGUGCCAAAUAACUACCGUGUGACCAUAGUAUUUGAAGAUGUACAGCUCGAAGGAAACUGUAACUAUGAUUAUAUUCAGAUCUAUGACGGGCCUUACCAGACAUCCCCGUUAAUUGCACGAGUUUGCAAUGGAGACAGAGGUUCCUUUACGUCAACAACAAACUUCAUGUCCGUUCGAUUCAUCAGUGACAUCAGUGUCACCAGAAGAGGAUUCCAGGCUCAGUACUACUCUACACCAAAUGACGACGGCACUUCUCUAGUAUGCUUACCAGAUCAAAUGAGAGUCACCAUCAGUAAAAGCUAUCUCCAAUCUCUGGGUUAUAAUUCAUUGAAUUUUCUCUUUUAUAAUUCAUCCUGUCGGCCUGUGGAAAACUCAAGCUAUUUUGUAUUUAAUAUACCAUAUAAUGGCUGUGGGACAACAAAAGCCAUAAGCAGUGACACUGUCGACUAUAGCAAUAUCCUUGUAUCAAGUCAACCUGUUCAACCGAAUGGUGUCAUCACAAGAGAGAAAGGUCUCCGCUUCCAUGUUAGCUGCAAAAUGCUGAGGAACAACUGGGUGAAAACGAUGUUUAUUACUAAUGGGACUGCUGAAAUCAAACAAAUCCAGUAUAGCAGUUUCCGUGUGGAUUUGUCUUUUUACGAGUCCUCUUCUUUCUUCCUGCCUGUGAAUAAUACACCAUAUGUUGUGCGAUUAAACCAGCAAUUGUACAUCCAAGGAGAAAUUAUCCACGCUGAUUCCAGCUUGGCAUUGUUUGUGGACACCUGCCUAGCAUCCCCAGAUGCAAAUGAUUUCACGAACUUGACUUAUGACUUAAUCAGGAAUGGGUGCACUAGGGACAAUACCUAUGUAACAUACUACUCACCACACCCACAUCAAGUUCGAUUUGGAUUCAGAUCCUUUGCCUUCUUGGAGAGAUUCCCAUCUGUUUACAUGAAGUGCAAAUUCGUGGUGUGUCAGGCUUUUGAUUAUUCUUCACGAUGCUACAGAGGAUGUGUAACAAGAUCCAAAAGAGACACGAGUUCCUAUCAGGAGAAAAUAGAUGUUAUUUUGGGGCCAUUCCAACUCCAGAAAUAAGAAGCAAGACUGAAAUCUGACUGAGCUGUUGCAGAUGCUGAUGGCUGGACUGAGUGAAUCCCAGGAGGGCUCUUAACCCCCUUGCUGUAUCUGCUGUUGCUUUCUUUUUUGGUUGUGGUGUGUGCUGCCUGUAAAUUGAAGAAAAAGAAAAGAUCUUUUCUGGAGAGGUGGCUUUUCCGUAAAACGUGAAGAGGAGAGUUCGUUUGUGUCCUUCUUUGGCACAAUGCCUUAGAAGCCAUGUGGCCCAAGAAAGGUCACAUUCAAGAAAUCAGCAUGAAGAAUAUGCCAUACAGAUUGAGCUGUGAUAUGGUUUACAUUGAAAUAGUUGAGAUCAGGGUGGGGGUGGGGCAAGGUGGUUCUGAGUUCUCCAUGUUGUUUAGUAGACUAGAUUUGUAUAAAACAUUAAUGUUUUCAUUAAGCACUUGCCAAUGGUAAAGAGAUUCUGCAUAAAAAUUGAUUUGAAAAGCCCAAUUAGAAGAAAGCUUCUGCUAGAUAGGAUUCCUGUUAUUUGGGUCUGCAUUUGGAAAAAAAUAUUAAAAAUGUAAAAUUUAUGUGGACCCCUUAAUGCAAAUCAUAGCCUUAUUUUGGGAGAUUAUGGACAGAAUAAAACCUUUUUGUUAAAGCAUA